UAUACAUUCAACAAUAUGGCUGACUCUGCAACGGCCGGUAAUCGUGGACGCGGUGGUUUUGGACGUGGUGGUCGUGGUCGCGGCGGUGCCCGUGGACGCGGUGGACGUCGUGGAGAUGAAAAGACCGAGUGGGUCCCUGUCACUAAGCUUGGCCGUCUCGUAAAGGCUGGCAAGAUCAAGUCUAUUGAGGAGAUCUACCUCUUCUCUCUCCCCAUCAAGGAGUACCAGAUUGUCGAUUUCUUCCUUAGCAACUUGAAGGAUGAGGUCAUGAAGAUCAUGCCCGUCCAGAAGCAGACCCGUGCUGGUCAGCGUACCCGUUUCAAGGCCUUUGUUGUCAUUGGUGAUCACGAUGGCCAUGUCGGUCUCGGUGUCAAGUGCUCCAAGGAAGUCGCCACCUCCAUCCGUGGUGCCAUUAUCCUCGCCAAGCUCUCCAUCAUCCCCGUUCGUCGUGGUUACUGGGGUUCUGCCCUCGGUGAGCCCCACACCGUUCCCUGCAAGGUCACUGGUAAGUGCGGUUCCGCCUUGUGCCGUCUCGUCCCUGCUCCCCGUGGUACCGGUAUUGUCGCUGCCCCUACCCCCAAGAAGGUCCUCCAGUUGGCUGGUAUCACCGAUUGCUACACAACCUCCCGUGGUUCUACCCGUACUCUCGGUAACUUCGUUAAGGCUACCUUUGCUGCCAUUGGUAACACCUACGGUUUCUUGACUCCCGAUCUCUGGGAGGAGACCGAGUUCUCCAAGGUUCCUUACCAGGAGUUCACUGACUUCUUGUCCCAGAAGCAGAGAAAGUAAAUGUAGCUUGUCUCAAUAUAUUGACUUGCUUUACUUUUGAAUAAACAAAUAAAUUUCUUUUAUUGAUCAAAUAAUAACAAUAAUAACAAUAAUGACAAUAAUAAUUAUAAUAAUUAUACUGAUUUAUAAUAAGGC